AUGCGCCUCGAAACAGUUCUCCUUACGCUUUUGACUGCGGCUUCUGCCACAGCCGUCAAGACGACGGAUCGAUCACUAGGGGCGUUCAUCGGCUGUCCUUCCGUUCGCUCUGUAGACUCAUUAUGCCUUUGGGCCGGAAAAAACGGACAAGUUGUGGACUCACACAUGCUGCGUGAACUCAUUCUUCAGCACAACAAUGUUGCCGGCAGCAAGAGAGAGUCAAAGCUACGCAAUCUACAGCAACACAUGACGUACAUUGAAGACGUCCAUAUGCAUGCAAAGAGUGUUGGCCACGAGUUUUCGUAUCACAUGGGAGUGAACGAGCGGCAUUUGACGUUAUCGUCGAACCGCAAGCUAACACCUGAGCAGUUUGUCGAGCAGGAAAUGGCUUCGGCAUUCUCUCGUCGUCUUCAGACUCAAAAAAGUAGUACCGAUGGCAGCAAGAUCUCGAGUGCAGGUGGUAGCUCCAAGUAUUGGAACUGGUGUGAUGCCGACAACUCAAUGGGCCACAGUGUGUGUUCACCUGUGAAAAGUCAAAAGACCUGUGGAAGCUGUUGGUCGUUUGUUGCUGCAGAUGCUAUCGAGACUGCCGUGGUGAUUGCUGAAAAUGCUUCAGCGGCUGUGUCUUUAUCUCCGCAACAGUUCUUGACAUGCAGUAGUUUGCAAACCACUCAAACAUUCGAGUAUUGCUGGGCGUCAGACGACGGUGUGCCUGGUGCUAGUUGGAUGCAGACACAGAUCAUGUGGGAGUCUCAAAAUGACGGGUGUAAUGGUGGCAUGACACACGGUGCCUUCAUGGACGCGGCUCAAAACGACUGGAGUCUCGUGACAGAGUUGACAAUGCCAUACGAUGAUGAGAGUCCUGGGGGCUCGCCAACUGCAAGCGCUUCAUCGAUGUGUAAUGUUGGUGCGGAUGAAGCGGCUGCAAGUAUUACUGGUUAUGAACAGAUUGUGGGUAUUGACUGCACCGUUUCCAGCGAUUGCACGUUGCUGCUCCGCUUGGCGCUGGAGAAGCAGCCCAUUGCUGUAGCAAUCACUUCUAAUGGUAACUUUGACGAAUACGCCGGUGGGUUCUACAACUGUCCAAACAACGGCGUGAUGGCAUCGAAGAAUGACCUGAAUCACGCUCUUCUUCUCGUGGGCUACGGCACGGACAGCGUGCAUGGUGAUUAUUGGAUUCUCAAAAACUCGUACGGCAGCUUGUGGGGCGACGAUGGCUACAUAAAGCUGGUAGCGGACACCAAGAUCAACUGUGGUUUGAACAUCUUCCCCGUUAUACCUAUUGGCGCAAAGGCAGGCGCUCAAGCGAGGACUACUAUCGAUAGCGGAGGUGAGAAGAUCUUUGUGGGGUUGAGCCCGUCGUCGUGGAUUGGUGUUGCAGCAGCGACGACCAUUUUCACCGUGGUGGCUACUGCCAUCGGUAUGUUUGUCUCGCACCAGAAAAUGAAGACGAUCCGCGAACAGAACUCAGCCAUGUACAUGGCUGCAUCCACUCCUACCAACGCUCAGAAUGCACACUAG